AGCUAUGACGUCACCGUGUUCUAAAAAUAUUAAUCAAGUCAAUUGUUCUUGUUAUAAGAACUUUUAAUAAUUUCGAUCUUUUAAAAACAAAUCGAGAUGAUGAACUAUCUAAAGAAGCUGCGACGGGCCUUUGGAGGCAAGAGAAAAGGAGAUGCUGUAGAACUGAAGAAGGAAAAGAUUCCACUUCUUCAUGUGACUCAAGAGGACGAGGAGGACUUCUUUCGUUGGAAAGUUCCUUUUCAGGAAUGCAAUUUGGUGAAUUGUCAGCCUGAUGUUCAGAAGGUGGUGAAGUUGUGUGAAGAGAAAGAUUUGCUUGUUACCACCGCCAGUAAAGAUGAAGUAACGGAUCAGUCGACUAAAGUGGACUUAGUUUUCACCGAUGUUGAAUUGACACCAUCUCUUCAUCGUGCCUGGCUGGAUGUCAACUACAUCUUAAGAGAGUACGACAUCGAAAGAAGUCUCACUGUUCCCUUGAUGACGAAACCUAUUCUGCCUAAUUUUGCGGGAAAAUUUGAUGUCACUGUUGUGCGAUGCAAUAGCUGUACUUAUUGGUGA